UGCAAGCAGUCCGCUAAGAAUUUCUCUUCAAAAGAGAACAAAUUAUCAGGCUGGCAGAAACAUACAGCCAGAAUUUGAGGACGGAAGAGUCAUCCAUGGUUAGGCUUUACCUGGUCCCUAUCUGAUUCUGGCACAUCUUCCGCUGGAUAAAACCAAAGCACCUGAACAUUGUCAGAAGUUCGGGUGACUCGACUGGGAUUGUCUGUCAGAACAGUGGAGAGCUGACGUGUAACCAUCAGGUUCAAGUGUAAUGGAUGCUGCAAGACUACUUAUUUACAGAUUUGUCAUCGUGUGCCUUCUUCAUAUGGUAACACUGAGGGCAGAAAGAUUCACAGUGACUGGAUUAGAAGAACCAGUCUUGGCUCCAGUUGGUACAGUACUUGAGCUCAGCUGUCAGCUGUCUCCACCACAAAAUGCCCAGCACAUGGAAAUCCGCUGGUUCAGGUCCCACUAUACACAGCCCAUUCGUCUAUAUGAAGAUGGCAAAGACCUUUUCGGAGAAAUUAUCCCCAAAUAUGUGGAGAGAACAGAACUCUUGAAAAAUGCCAUUGACGAAGGGAAAGUGACCCUCAAGAUCUUUAAUGUCAAUCCUGAUGAUGAUGGGCACUACCACUGCCUCUUCAAGGAUGGAAAGUUCUAUGAAGAGCACAUCACAGAGGUCAAGGUCACAGCUGGGAGCUCCCGAGUUCAGAUUCUUGUUCAUCCUCCAACUACCAAAGGUGUGAUAGUGGAGUGUCAGUCUGGAGGUUGGUUCCCAAGGCCUCUCAUGGAGUGGAGAGACAGCAGAGGAGAGGUCAUUCCAGCUGCAUCAAAAUCCCAGUCACAGGAUGGAGACAAGCUGUUCAGUGUGAAGAUAACUCUUCUCCUUAGAGAUAGUUCUUUCCGGAACAUUACAUGUUGCCUUUGGAAUCCUCUAACAGGCCAACAAGAAAGGACAAGCAUUGUUCUACCAGAUGAAAUGUUUUCUUGGAAUUUUAUUUGGAAGAUGAUUGUGGGUGUAAUUCUGACUAUGAUGACCCUCUUUGUCAUAAUGCCCACUAUUAAACUACAAUUCCUAGAAGGUUGCCCUGGCAAAUGCAAUUCUCCUUGGAUGGUGGCCAUGUUGCUUACAAUUCCUUCAAUUGCUGUAUUCUUUUUACUCAUCUUCUAUUUGUAUAGAAGAAAAGAGAGAGUCUUUCUUUCAGAGGCACAAUUUGAGUUGGACAAUAUGUGGCUGGAAGACAUGACUAUGAUCCUGAGCAUGCUGAUGGUGUUUGUCAUCAUCCUUGUUUCCUUUAUUCACUUCACACUGAGAGGUGACUAGCGUGGGAAAGGCGGCAAUGCAAAUGGUGAAUGUCUGGAUAGCCAGCAAGCUGACUUUUCAUUCUUUGUAUUUUAAUAGACGGGCUAAGAAGACAGAGCUACCUAGAGACUUCUAGUUCAUAGCAUCAUUGGGACUCCUGGAUUCUCUGUUAACACCAGUGUUAAUGCUUUCAAUACCGAUGACAGUCUCAGCUCUGACUGCAUGUUGUGACAGCCAUCCCUGGUAAACAUGGAAAGUCCACUGUUUGAUCCAGACAUAUUUUUUCUUUAUUAAUUACACUUUAUUCACUUUGUAUCCCCCCCUUUGGUUCUCUCCCUCCUCCGGUCCCAAUAUCUCCCUUCCUCCACCCUCUGCAUGCAUGCCCCUCCCCAAGUCCACUGAUAGGGGAGGACUUAUUUUCCUUCCUUCUGACCCUAGUCAAUUAGGUCUCAUCAGGAGUGGCUGCAUUAUCUUCUUCUGUGGCCUGGUAAUGCUGCUUCCCCCUCAGGGGGAGGUAAUUAAAGAGCAGGUCAAUCAGGUCAUGUCAGAGACAGUCCCUGUUCCUAUCAUAUUUUCUAAAGCUUCUGGAUACUGGACUCUUUGCUAUAUUCACAUAACUUCUAUACAUUUGAUUUCAAAUGUGUACUGUUUCCACUGCGUAAUGUUUACCCUACCAGAAACAUAUGUGUAUUCACAGGAAUUGGACUCAAAAUAUCUCUGAAUCUUUAUUUAAGUUUAUAUACAUAUUUUCGAAACAUCUGUUAACACGUGCCCCAAAACAAACAAGUUAUUGUUGUUUCUCUGUUAACA